UGCAGAAUACAGGAUACCAGUGUUUUAGUUUACAUCUGCAGCUCGCUCAUCCUGUCCAGUUAUUUGUUUUGUCUGAAAUGCAAAUGGUCCUCCGCCUGCUGCUCCUAAUGCCCAGCGUCAACACGCUGUCCACUGACCGCUUUCCUUCCAUUUGUCCUCCACGCGUCUAGUCUCCUCGCUAGAGUCCUCUGGCUGGAGGUGGGCGCGGGAGGGGGGCCUCUGCUGGUCCCCAGGUCGUGCCCUUUCCCCAAGGAUGGCCUCUUCCAUCUGUUGCUAUCUCCUCUUUGUGCAGGUUUGGGGUUUAAAUGCCUAGUACCUGGGGAGAAAACCACGAGGCGGGAACAGCCGAGUUUGGGGUCUAGAGAAGCCAGCGCCGGGUGCUCUGAGCAGAGCCUUUUAGGCUGGUUUGAACAAUGAAUGGACCGGGCAAUCACGCUGAGCACAUCUGGCCCGGGCUGGGAUCCUGCGGUGAAGGAAGCAUCUUCAGAGCUGCCUGCCGGCAGGGCAACAGGAUGCGUGGGUGGAGGAGAGCUCCGGCUAUCCUCUUCCCGGCUCACGAUCCUACGAAGCAGAAGCUGAAACCCACGUAUCUGGGAACAGAAACUUUUGACGGAGGCUGUGGAUGAGACGACAGAUCAGACCACUUGCUCCACCUCUAGUCCUUGAGCUCGCCGGAGAGUCAGUCCCUGCAGCCCAGUGAGGACCAGCGCGGGGGGCGGGAGCGGGUUUGAACCCCUGGUCCUCCCCUUCGUGCUGGACAUUGAAGAUUGGACUACUUCCCCGCCGCGCCCUAAGCACUUAUUGCGGACCCCAGCCCCACCUCGACUUUCGGCAGUCGCCUGUCAGCCCCUGCUGUGUCUCCUAGGAUCCCGGAUCUCUUCUGCCCAUCUCCACUACCCUGUGUCGGCUCCCUUGAUCUUCGCCGGGUACCUCCAGACCCCCAGGGCGGACGGAGUCGGGGCCCCUUCGAGAGUGUCCCCUCGGACCAAGCUGAACGCGCCAUGAGGCUGCAGGCACUCGAUCUCUGGUUACUGGUGCUACUGUUGGUUCUUCUGCUUCAGCCUGUGCACGGAACUCCCAGGGCGCAGGACGUGAGCCUGGGCGUGGACUGGCUGACUCGCUAUGGCUACCUGCCGCCGGCUGAUCCUUCCCAAGCCCAGCUGCAGAGCCUUGAGAAGCUGCAGGAUGCGAUCAAAGUCAUGCAGAGAUUUGCCGGCCUGCCUGAGACAGGUCAAAUGGACACAGAAACAAUAGCUGCCAUGCACAAGCCCCGCUGCUCCCUGCCUGAUAUUCUGGGGGCUGCUGGGCUGGUCAGGCGCCGCCGUCGCUAUGCUCUGAGCGGCAGUGUAUGGAAGAAGCGCACCCUGACAUGGAGUAUCCAGUCCUUCCCCCAGAGCUACCAGUUGAGCCAGUCAACCGUGCGGGCCCUCAUGAGUUACGCCCUGGCUGUCUGGGCUGUUGAGUCAGGCCUUACCUUCCAGGAGGUGGAUUCUCAGCGUCAGGAGCCUGACAUCCUUAUCCAUUUCUCCCGGGGCUACCACCAAGACAGUUACCCCUUUGAUGGACCCGGUGGCACCCUGGCUCAUGCCUUCUUCCCUGGAGAGCACCCCAUCUCUGGAGACACUCACUUCGAUGAUGAGGAGACCUGGACUUUUGGGUCACAAGACGGUGAAGGAACCGACCUGUUUGCAGUAGCAGUGCAUGAGUUUGGCCACGCUCUAGGCCUUGGUCACUCUUCUGCUCCUGACUCCAUUAUGAGGCCCUUCUACCAGGGCCCAGUGGGUGACCCUGGCAAAUACCGCUUGUCCCGAGAUGACCGUGAUGGAUUGCAGCAGCUCUAUGGGAAAGUGUCCCAUACUCCAUAUGAUAAGCCCACAAGGAAACCCUUGGCUCCACCUCCACAGCCUCCAGCCUUGCCCCCUGACAGCCCCUCCACACCUGUGCCUGAUCGCUGUGAGGGCAAUUUUGAUGCUAUUGCCAACAUCCGAGGGGAGACCUUCUUCUUCAAAGGCCCCUGGUUCUGGCGCCUCCAACCCUCAGGACAGCUGGUGUCGCCCCGACCAGCUCGGCUGCACCGCUUUUGGGAGGGGCUGCCCACCCACGUGAGGGUCAUCCAGGCUGCUUACGCCCGACCCCUAGAUGGCCGAAUCAUCCUUUUCAGCGGCCCCCACUUCUGGGUGUUCCAGGACCGACAGCUGGAGGGCGCAGCGCGGCCACUGGUAGAGUUUGGGCUUCCCCCGGGGGAAGAAGUGGAUGCUGUGUUUUCUUGGCCUCUCAAUGGCAAGACCUACCUGAUCCGAGGCCAGCAGUACUGGCGGUAUGACGAAGAGGCUGCCCGCCUAGACCCUGGCUACCCACGUGUCCUGAGUCGUUGGGAGGGGGCGCCGCCCGCCCCAGACGACGUCACCGUCAGCAACACAGGUGACACCUACUUUUUCAAGGGCACUCUUUUCUGGCGCUUUGCGAAGGGCAGUGUCAAAUCUGAGUCGGAUUCCCCCCAGCCCAUGGGGCCCAAGUGGCUGGACUGCCCUGCCCCCAGCUAUGACCCUCAAGUCCCCAACCGCCCGAAAAUGACACCCAGAACCGGAACCUGUGAUUGUCAGUGCGAACUCAAUCAAGCCACAGGGCCGCUGUCAGUGACCCUUCUGCUGCCCCUCCUGCCCUUCCUGACUGGAGUUGCCUUUUCUUGCUGAAACCUGGUCUUUCCUUUUUUUUUUUUUUUUUUUUUGUUGUUGUUGUUGUUGUUUUUCGAGACAGGGUUUCACUGUGGCUUUGGAACAUGUCCUGGAACUAGCUCUGUAGACCAGGCUGGCCUCGAACCUGGUCCUUCCUAGCAGAUCAGCUUCCUACACCGAAGAGAGUCUCCGGCAGCUGGACCUAGUGUAGGGUCGUGAGAUGCUGCAGAGUCUCACUGUCUCUUCCCACGGGGAAAUCAGGCUCACAGAGCGGGAAGGGUUCCUAGCAGAAGCCUGUGGACGCUUUGAUGGGGGCGGUACCCAAACCUGCUUGCUAUUAGGGCACAGGAGCUGCGGCAGUAGUCAGGGCUACCGCUAGGGGGCGGUACGCACCCUUCUCCAUCGCCAGGAAUAGGGCUUUGCUGCCUGGAGCUAGGAACCCAUCUGAACUGCGGAUUGAACACACAGUGCUCUGCCCUACCCCGUUGCUCCUCAGACACCACACCUGCCUCAUGUUGUGUGCUGUGGUGACUGACUUUCUGCACCCCUCUGAUUCUCCACAAUUGUUCAUACUGGUGACAGUGGGACAGCAACUGUACUCAUUAGAUCCUCCGAUAGCGCUGACUGUGUUGCUGAACCGUCUUACUCUGCAUUCACGGUACCUCUGCAUUCCUUUACAGUCACUGCCAUUGGGUGGGGCGAAGCCCAAGAGCUGCUACCCCCCUCCCCCCCUCCCCGGCGUGCCUCAAACGUCAGUGUUGGCGUGGGUGGGGUUUCUUCACGUUGGGCCCAGUUGCUCUCAUUUCAUCAGAACACAACCGGCACGGGGGAGGGUCACCGCGAAUUCAGGAUCGCCAGAUUCCAUUGAAAGGGAUCCGAUGACACCUGUCCCCACACCAAGCGAAGUGACCGUUGGUUCCUUCUGGGACGGCGUGGCUCCCGUCUGCACAGUGCUGCGGUGGACAGGACCCUCUCGGCGAUGCUAUAUUGCUUCCUCCUCCUCUUCCCUUUCCUUCUCACAUUCUAAUUUCAGUUGUGUCUGUGAGUACAGGAGCCCGAGGGGCCCAGCGGUGCUGGAUCCUCUCGGAGGUGGAGUGGUCUGGUCGUGAGCCCUGAGUCCUGAGUGUAGAACUCGGGUCCUCUACUAGAAUAACGUGCGACAGCUCCAGCCCCUGCCAUUGCCUUCUGAGCCCUUCCCAGGGGCCCAAUGAUACAGCAAGGGGUGGUGAGAACUGAGGCAACUUCCUUCAACCCAACAUCCCCAUAGAUUGAGAACCUAGAUCGAUGAUUCUAGAAUAUUCCUCAUCAGAAUAACUUUAUGGGAUUUUAUUUUUUUCAAGACAGGGUUUCUCUGUGCAGCCCUGGCUGCCCUGAAACUCACUAUGUAGGCCAGCCUGGCUUUGGACAUCCACCUGUCUCGGCAUCCUGAGUCCUGGGCUUAAAGGCACGUGUCAACACCAUCUCAUGGGAAUUUAAGGAUGCAGGUCCCAUUCACUCUGCCUGAAUCCUCAUUCUGGGGUGGGGCAGGCAUCUGCACUUUAGCAAGUCAGGGGAUGGUGAGCCCUGAAUCCUCAUUCUGGGGUGAGGCAGGCAUCUGCAUUUUAACAAGUCAGGGGGUGGGCCCUGAAGCACCAGGUCUUCUCAGUGCCGCUUCCUCUCCCAGGGACCAUCUCUUCUUGUGUUCUCCACAAGGUCAGGCUGAUGACUGGGGAGCCAUCUCCCCCAGACUCCUUUCCAAGUGUGAAUGGGUCAGAUGUCAUGGGGUUCUCUCUCCAUUCUUGUUUUCUUGAAGGGAUGAAUUCAGGCGAGAGACAGACAGGUUGAUUAGUUUAUUAAGACAAUGCCUGGUAGCGAGCAAAGUGCUCUGAAAAGAGAUUGAGCGGUAAGCAGCCUAAUGGACAAGACCAGAGAGGCUCUAUAAAUUAUUAUGAAUAUUUAUGAAGUAGGUGGACUAUCGAUUGGGUUCUAUGAUCUUUUCCCAUCACAAACCAUGGUAGACUGGAUCUUCCUAUCAAGAUAAUUCCAUUGUUAGCUCCACAAAAGGAAGGCGGGUCAGAAGGAUUCAGAGUUUUGUUAGUGCAGAGCUAUAGGUUGAGCGACCUCACGAUUUGGUUUCUGAUCCUAUGGGGACAAUGUGCCUGCUUCUUCAAGGAUGUGCAGGCAAAGCGGGCAGUCUGGCCCUCAGGAGACAGCUACCGACAUGCAGCUCUAGAAUCCUUCAUAUCGCUUACCUAGCUUCUGGUCUACAGCAUGGUCUCUGCUGGGAUCUGGAACAUUUUAGAGACACAGUAUUUUUGUUGCAGGCCUUUUGUUUUGAGCCACCAACCAGCUCCCAAAUCACAACACGGAGACUUAUCAUCAGUUAUGAAUGCUCAGACUUAUCUUAUGUUUGUCCUAUGAAGUCUUCUAACUUAAAUUAACCUGUUUCUCUUCUACAUUUUUGCCUUGGUGCUUAUUACCUCUCUUCCAUUCUGUAAGUCCUAUUCCUCGCCUGACUGGCUGUGGCCUGGCCCCAGGAGUCUCCCUUCCUUUCUCCCUACUUCUCUUACCUCCUCUCUCACAAGCCUAGAUCCCUCCUACCUAUUUCCUCUGCGCACCAGCCAACUAUCCCUCUACUGCCUUGCUAUUGGCCCUUCACAUUUUCACUAGGCCGAUCAGGUGCCUCAGGCAGGCAAGGUGAAAUAGCAGCAUCUUUACAUAAUUGAGCAAAUGAAGCUCACCGUUCCAGAGUUAAAGUAAUAUUCCACAACAUGCUAUACUCACAGUUUAGUCUGGUACAGUGAGAUGAGUUAGGAGAGCCGGUGAAAGGGCAAUGGCACCUUGUAUGGGUCCCUCAGGACCUUCUGGGGUUCCAAUUAGAGCCAACGCCUCAGAGCAGCUCGCUGGCGCUUUCAUAGAGCCCCAUCUUCUGAUCCUGUCAGCUUUGCUAUUUCAUGCCCAGGAGCAAACCCUCUUAUUUUUAUCCUCAGUGUUUUGAGCUUGUCCCACUCUAGCUCUGGCUAGCCUGGAACUGUCUAUGUAAAUGAGGAUACCUCAUAGUCGCAAAGACCAUCAGGCCUCUGCCUCUGAAGUGCUGGGAUUAAAGGCUGGGAAUAAACUCUGGCACUUCGGGGUUCUUGAUCCCUACAAUUCAUCACAUGACUUCACUUUAACUCACAUGCUUGCUUUUACAAUAAUCGGAGGAGCAGGAAACCAAGGCCAGAGCAGGAAGAGAACAAAAAGUAGUGGGCGAGGCUGGAGAAAUGCGCAGUGGAGACCCUGACCUCACAGGGGACUCAGUUCUGGUUCCCAGCACCCGUGUGGUGGUAACUCCAGCUCCAGGGGAUCUGAUGUCCUUUUCUGACCUCUGUAGGCGUGUGGUACACGUGAAAGCCAAACACUCCUAUAAAUAAAUGUCAAAUGUUG